AUGGCAGCACGAAAAUUGGCACAGGAGGUGGACAAGUGCUUCAAGAAAGUCGCCGAGGGCGUCGCCGAGUUCGAGUCCAUCUACGAAAAGAUCGAGCAGUCGAAUAACCCGGCCCAAAAAGAAAAGCUCGAAGAUAACCUGAAGCGCGAGAUAAAGAAGCUCCAGAGGUUGCGGGAUCAGAUCAAGACAUGGGCGGCAAGCAAUGACAUCAAGGACAAGGCUCCUCUCCUGGACAACAGGAGGCUGAUAGAGACGCAAAUGGAAAGAUUCAAAGCCGUCGAGAAGGCGAUGAAGACCAAGGCGUACUCCAAGGAGGGCCUUUCGGCAGCCGCGAAACUGGACCCCAAGGAGCAAGCCAAGGUCGUGGCAACCGAGUUCCUCAGCACCAUGGUCGAGGAACUGGAACUGCAGAUCGAGAGUCUCGAGGCCGAAGGGGAAUCAAUACAAGCGACGAUGAAGAAGGGAAAGGGACACAGCGCCAAGGCAGAACGGAUAGCCGAAAUCGAGCGCGUCAUCGAGCGACAUAAGUGGCAUCAGGGGAAACUAGAGCUCAUCCGGCGCUCGCUGGAGAACGGCGGCGUCGAGACGGAACAGGUCAACGAUCUUGAAGAGAGCAUCCGGUACUAUGUCUCGGAUGGCAUGAACGACGACUUCAUGGAAGACGACACCAUGUACGACGACCUCAGCCUCGGGACCGAGGAGGAUAACUAUGGCAUGGGCCUGGAUAACGACAGGCUGUCAUCGCAAGAUACCCAGUCGAUUCAGGACGACACGGUGGACCUUCCUCCUGCGAGCAUAUCUAGCGGGAAGCCGCGCCCUGCGGCUGAGGCGCCAGGGCCGUCCGGACGACGACCCUCUACCCAGAUGAAGUCGCCGCUUCCGACACUCGCGACAGUACACAACCCCUUAGCAACCAUUAGCAACGGCGCGGCAGGUGCCCUUGCCAUGAAGCCAGCGUCGGUCCCGACACGGCCAGCGGGAGAGGGCCUGAAGUAUGCGAGCGCGGCAGCAGCGGCCGCCGCAAGCGACAAGAACAAUGUGGGAAUUGCACCGUUACCACCGCCGCCAAGCUCGAUGGCAGCACUCGGGGUCGCCAUCUCGUCAUUACCGGCAGCGCAGGCAAGGGCCAGCUCAACGAGCUCACCUAGUACUGCACCGAUACAAAUGGCGUCUCAGACUGCACAGCAACAGAUGGACAAGGCCGCAUCUCAGGGCCCAGUCUCGACAAGUGCGCUCUCAAAUAUGGCCCCGGCGCCUCCUCAGACGAGCAGAGCCGAAGCGACAAAGGCCGGGUCGACUCGCAGCAGCGGCAAGGCCCCGGCACCAGCAUCUGCACCGGAGCCGGCAGAAUCAUCGAAAGCGCAAACGAACGGCUUGACGAACGGUGCCAAGGCGGCGGCCGAAGAGAAGGAGGAAGAAUCAAUCUACCACCUUCCGUCGUCAUUGCGCGAUCUCGUCGACUCGUUCGAGACAACCAAGCAACGGUCCGCGGCGGCCAACUCGCCCUUGACACUAGCGAUGCAAACAGCGUCACGGGCACAGGCGCCAGACACGGUGGAUUCGGAACCACCGCGAGCCGGCCGGCCGGAGGUGCGAUUCCACUCGGCGUCUCAGUUCCCGCAGGAGCCGUUGGAGAUAUUCGACGACCCGCGGCUGUACACUCGCAUCGACCCAGACACGCUCUUCUACGUCUUCUAUUACAAGCAGGGAACCUAUCAGCAGUACCUGGCUGCGAGGGCGUUGAAGGACCAGAGCUGGAGGUUCCACAAGCAAUAUCAGACUUGGUUCCAGAGGCACGAAGAGCCCAAGUCCAUCACCGAGGAGUUUGAGCAGGGCACCUAUCGCUUCUUCGAUUACGAGAGCACUUGGAUGAACCGCAGGAAGGCCGACUUCAAGUUCGCUUACAAAUUCCUCGAAGACGAUAUAUGA